CAGACGAAGCAGCCCAGAAGCCAAACCUUCGAGUACCGAUCGAUUGAUCCCUCUCUCUCUCUGAUCAGUCUCUUUGUUAUUGAAUCGAUGAUUUCUUCUCUCAGUAUUAACUUUUCCUUUCCAUUGUUGAAACCUCAAACGAUUCAUUAUGGACCUUUCAAAACCAUCAAUAUCAAGAAUAGAAGCCAAAUGAAAAAUUAUUUUUCUGAUAACAAGAAGCAGCCUAAGGGCAUUAACGGUAGUGUUGUUCCCAGUCCAAAAAGAGGAAAUGGCUCAGAAAGGGAACGUGGCCAAGGAAUUGGUAUCGCCAAGUUUCUUCAGGGAAAGAAUUAUCUUGUUACUGGUGCUACUGGUUUUCUAGGAAAAGUUUUUCUUGAGAAGAUGUUGAGAACCGCGCCUGACGUAGGCCAGAUUUUUGUCUUGAUCAAAGCAAAAGACAAGGAAGCAGCGUUAAACAGAUUAAAAACUGAGAUCAUAGACUCUGAAUUGUUGAAGAGUCUUGAAGAAGUGUACGGAAAAAACUACAAGACCUUGGUGAUGAGCAAGCUAGUGGCAGUGCCUGGGUGUGUUUGUGAAUAUGAUCUUGGGAUGGACCCACUCAGAGCCAAUGAAAUUGCAGCGAAAGUGAACGUGAUUGUAAAUUCAGCAGCCAGCACCAAAUUUGAUGAAAGGUAUGAUGUUGCUCUCAACAGCAACACAAAAGGGCCAUCUCACCUCCUAAACUUUGCAAAGAGCUGUAAGAAUAUUUGUCUUUUCCUUCACAUAUCAACAGCUUAUGUCAGUGAUGGAGAAGCAAAAAUAAUACAAGAAAGCCCAUUGUGUAUGGGAGAGAGCAAUGUUUCUAGGAAGAGGAAUAAUAUCUCAGAAAACCAAACAUCAGUUCCCAGUCUUGAUAUUGAUAAUGAAAUGAGGUUGGCAACAAAUAUAAUGGAGCUUGUUAAUGAUAGCGAAGUAGCUAAAGAGAUGAAAAUACUUGGUCUUGAGAGGGCCAAAAUUCAUGGAUGGCCAAAUACUUAUUCAUUUACAAAAGCUAUGGGUGAGAUGAUAAUUACGAGCUUGAAAGGUGAUAUACCCCUUGCUAUUGUUCGUCCAACUGUGAUUGGAAGUACCUACAAAGAACCCUUCCCUGGAUGGAUAGAAGGAAAUAGAAUGGUUGAUCCAUUUAUUUUAUCCUAUGGACAAGGAAAGCUUUUUGGAAUGUUUGCAGACUCAAAAGUAAUUUUGGACAUGGUUCCUGUUGAUAUGGUAGUGAAUGCUUUAAUAGCUAUAAUGGCAAAGCAUGUGAAUUUUGAUAAUCCUAACCUAACUGUGUACCAUAUUGGAUCGUCAAUGAUAAAUCCAAUUUCAAUUGGAGAUAUGGUUGAUUAUUUUUACACGCAUUUCAAGUGUUGUCCACUUUCAGACCCAAAGGGAAUGAUAUUAGCAUCUCCAAGGUUUGACAUUAGGAAUACACAAAAGUUAAUGGAAGAGAUGUCUGAUGAAGAGAUCAGAGAGUUUUGGUUUGACCUAGGAAGCAUAAAUUGGGAGGAAUAUAUCUGCAACAUUCACAUUCCAGGACUAAGAAAGCGUGUUUUGAAGAGCAAGUAGUACCUAAAAAUAAUUUCCCUUCCUUUAAUUUGUUACCAACUUUGUUAGUUUUUGAUAUGAAAUUUAACGGUAUGUAAAAUUGAGGAAAAUAAAAUCUCAAUGCAAUAUUGUUGUUUUUGUUGUUA